UGGAGUGAAUUCCAGUGAAUUUCUAUUCAGUUUGUGUGUAUUUAAGCCAUAAAUGUUCGACCUGGCGACUCAAGUAUUACUGCAGUUAAGAAGCAAAUUGCCUUUGGUAUAUCACUUCUAUUUUAACACAACGACGAUAUACAGCUAAAAGUGACCAAGUCAAAAGAAAAAUGAGUGACGUAUGAUGUCACAUGUUCAGCCAAACUGAUGAAGGUGACGAUUAUGGUUGGCAACAAUCAGUCGAAUGUUUUUGUUGAAAAUCUCAGAGGAUUCACAGGAUGCAUGCCGAAAACAAAUGCCGGAAAAACUGUCAUUAAGCUACCAUUAGACAAUUUCCAUGAAUGCGGAACUACCAGGAUGACUAACAAAUACACUGGACAUACAAUCUACUAUAAUCGAAUUAUCAUUGAUCAGCCAAAGAAGCCCAGAGAAGUCCUUCUCGUGAAAUGCGUUUUGCCGGGAGACAAGACAAAGCCAGCAGAAUGGGAAAAAAGACCGAAAAGAAAUGUAUUACCCCCUGGAUUCUUUGAAGCGGAGGAUUUAAAUAUCACUAACAUCGUUGCUCAUGCACCGACUCCCUAUCUUCACUUGGCAGUGCGACAAAAUGGUCGGGUACUGGAUACUGCCUACAACGUGCAGCCAGGAACACCUCUGGAAAUGGUUAUUUACCUGGAUUCAAAAAGUUCAUCUACAUACGGACUACUUGCAAGCUAUCUUAAGGUUACUGAUGGCACUCCGGAGCAUGAUGAAAUCAUCGUAAUGAAUGGAUGUUCAAUAGACCCGUAUAUAUUUGGUAACUUUGAAACUCCUGAUGCCGGCAAGAGUUUAUACUCAAAAUUUAGAGCUUUCAAGUUUCCUGAUUCGAACUACGUCCUUUUCGUCGGGACAGUCAACGUUUGUCUGAAACAGUGCAGAGGGGUUCAAUGUGGCAGCGAUCAAAUAGGCUAUGGACGCAAGAAGCGAGAAAUCCCGGCUGAGAUGCCUUUUGAUCCUAAUAAGUUGUAUGAAGUCGAAAUGACAACAGUGCUGAAAGUAGAGUUCGCUCCUAAUCAUUUCCAACCCAAAAGAGGAUCAGUCGAAGGCACUUUUGAUGACAUCCAAACCAAUGAGCACAUUGCUUACAGACAGCGGAGCUCAGCCAAUUCCAUCUUCUCAUUUCACUCCUUCGGACUGCUCCUUUCGUCACUGUUACUGAUCCUGGCUUUCCGUCACUGAAUUCCAUCGUCAUUUUCGGAUAGCUCACCUGACACACCGAUCACAGAUCUCAAAGUGAAGUCAUGAUCUAUCAAAACUGCGGAAAAAAAAAGCGUUUUGCAAAACGCAUUCUAAUAGACACACCUGCGAUAUUUUAAACAUGUACUGCAGAAAAUGAACGGAAAUUCUCUGUCAGUAAUGAAAACUAAUUUGUGAUCAGCGACGUUUCGAUUCGUCGUUCUUUUAUAAAACCUGAAGAUUUAAAUGUAAACAUUGCAGAUAAACUAACCAUUUUUGUUUUGUCUCGAGAGACAGUCCAUCCACUCUGAUGAUGUCUGGUGACUUUUGGACGACACAGUACCAAACGGUGCUUGAUCCAAGUCUUUCCGAGACAAACGCUUUUGUGAUUAUUUCGUGACGAUUACAUGAAUAUUUAACAUGUUCUUGUGUGUAUCUUGUUUCAGGUGUAAAAAGACGAAGACGAUGAAAAUAUGUUCCUUUUUUUUAAAAAAAAAUAUAAUAUUGUUUGCUAAAUUAAAAAUCUGAACACCAAAUCGGGAUAUUUACCGCUUUUUUUUCAUGCUUCGUAAAUAAUAUUUGUUGAUUUUGAUGGUUUAUUUUUUACAGGUGAAAAUGUAUUAUUCAAAUUAUUUAAAAUCGCAUAAGUAAACAAGGAUUAUUCUUUUUUCGCUUUCUAGAAAUAAUUAAAAAAUAUGGUCUUACUACACGAAUAAAUUUAUGUAGAUUUGUGAUAAAUUAAAUAUUAUGUUGAAUCCGACAUUAUUACAAAAAAAUGAAUAAUCUUUUUAUUACAAUGCUGGCAAUUUUGCUGUAGUACCGAAUUAUAUGAUAAAAAAGGGGGGAAAAACCGAGAAAACGAAUUAUUAUUAUAAAUAAAAAGUAUAUAAAUGAAUCGUUUUUAAAUAUAAAUGAAAAUUAACCGUCUUCAAUAUGCAAUAAUACGACAGAAAUAUUUCUGAAAAAAAAAACAACCUUCUUUCAUCUUUUUAAAUGAAUGCAAUAUUAAUUUUCAAACUAUUUAUGAUUUACAUUAGAACAAUAUGAUAAAUUCCAGCUUCCAAACUUGUCUUUUAACACCUUGAUUGUGGUGUCCAAGCAUGAUUCGUGUAUUGAAUAAUCAUAUUUUUAACCAAUGAACUAAAAUUAUUAUUAGGCCUAAUUGCCAUUAGGUUAUCGUUGAAUGAAUUCAGCAAAUUACCAGAUCAGAAUAUGUCAUCUAAUUUGACAAUAAAGAAAACAAAUAUAGUUAAAGGUCCAAUAAUCAUUGUAAAAAUGUUUAAAUGAAAAAUGUCUUUAAAAAAUUUGGAAUGAAUAUUAUUGAAGCUCUAAAAUUUAAUUUAGUUUACAAUUUUUCCAUCCUCACUUUUUAAUACAACUAACUUUACUUGCAUGAUUUCUGGGAUUGAAUUUUUUUCGAACAUUUAUAUAAGUAUUCGCUGAAAAUAUUAUUACAUUUUAAUUAAAUAUUUUAAGUAAUUGAUAAAGUGGAAACUUGUACUCACUUUCAGAAAUAUUAUUCCGAAGUCUCUCCAAUAUUUUCUAGCAGCUUUUACUAUAAUUUCUACCCGCCGAAGCUUAAUCCUUUUAUUUCACCAAACAGAUAUAACGUAUUUAACGAAUUUCACUACCCAAACAGUUUACAAGAGGAAUUUGCUUAACCAGUAAAAGCUACAUUGAAGUUGGAACACUUUAAUUUGGGAUAGUGAAUAAUCCCUUUAAAGUGAAUUCAGACUCUGUUCCACUAAAAUUCAGAAGUCGAUUAUGACCAGGCCUAUAACCUGACCAUCAUGAGCCCCCUCUCAUUAGUCUCGAAAUCUCCUUACAGAAAUGACAAUGAAUGCAAUUAUGUUGAUCUCCAGGAAUUAAAUGAUACGUAGGGCUUGUUCAUGGUAAUAGAGUAGUUGAUUUAGUUUUAAACUUUGCGUUUAAAAGUGAAGUUUCGGCUCCCAUCCAAUAAUUUUCCUAUGUAACUCUAUACCAUUUAAUUCAUUAAAAUAUGUACAAUACAUAUUUCUCUUGUAUUAUAGUAUACUGAAAAAAUACAUCUAUAUAAUUAAUAACGAUUUAACUUAAUUAGAUAACUUCAAUAUAUUUAAAUACUUAAUAUAGCGAUGGAAGUUAAAAAUUGCAAUAGAAUGACAUUUUUUAAAAUCUAUUGAAAUUUUUGUUGAAGUAUCAUUCGAGCAGGCGAUGCAUUAAAAUUGUAUAAAUAUUUUUAAUCUCUAGCAUAACUAAAUUCUUUACAAGCAUAUAUAUAUUUUUUUUAUUUCAGAUUAAUUCAAUAAGUGAAGCAAUGAACAAUAUCAAACCAAACAAUUAAAUGUUUUACACGAAAUUUUAUGCAUGUCCUUUUUUGAGCAUUUAUAGUUAAGAAAUAACUUCUCAUUCAGCGAAAAAACCUGGUUGAAGAUCAAUUACUAAUAAUUUUGUGUUCUUUCGAAUAAAUUAUUUUUUUUCUUUCAUUACUUCUCAAACUGUUGUUAGGAUUUAUUGAUCAAGACGUGUAUUUUCCGCACAAGGCGAAAAUGUUACGACAAUAAAAACCUUAUUUGCAUUAAAACGCAAUAAACACGAAUUUAAUAGAGAAAUGAUAAUAAAAUCAAUAUUUUUCCAUCAACGAAGAAAUGAAUCACAUUUUUAUUCCGUUAUCAGAAUUAAAUUUGGUUCCUCUUACUCUUUAGAAAAUAAAGCAGAUGAUUUUUCAAAUCACAAAAGCAGAAAACUCAGUUGAACAACAAAAAAUAAUUUGAAAUAAAAAUAGUUCUUUCACCCCGAAAUUCUUUUUUGCAUCAUUACAAGUAUAUUUCCUUUCAUUCUAUAAUAAAAAUUUGACUUACAGUAUUUUUUUGUACAAUUGCAUAAAAUAUAUUAAUAGCACAUUUCCAAUAGUUUUAGUUAUAAAUCAGGAUGAAAGAAAAUACUACCACUUCUUUAUAAAAUUCUUAGUAAAUUUAUUCUAUUAUGAUCAAUAUUAUUAUUAAAUUCUUCACUAUCUUAUUUAGAAAUAAGUAUUGUUUUAAAAUAAGGAAAAAAGAUUUUUAGAAUCUUAAAAUAGUUUUCUUAAGAGAAAAAAUUUACGUCAUAACAUAACUCUUUAUUCUUCAUGAGUAUUGCCGUGUGUAAGAAAUUUUAAUCAAAUAUUUUAUAACCGAUGAACAAAAUAAAUUUUUCUGAAAUCCUGACAAAUAGUUUAUUUUCGAGAAAGAAUCGUAUUUCCUAGUAACUGUGAACAAUUUUUUUGCCAAAUAAUGCACUUUCAUUUGUUAAUUUUUUCAUUCUUGUCAGAAUCAAGCGAUAAUUAUUUUGUUGCUUUUCAUUGGAAGAUAUUUCAUUCACUUAAAAAGAUCCAAUGGCCAUGCAAAAAAAAAAAAAAAAAUCUCGGGUGUAAUUGAUUAAAAGCGGUACGAGAUGCAUCCUUUAUGAAUGAAUCAACUUUUAAAUCAAACAUCGUGUACAGAUAAAGAAUGUACAUAAAAAAUUAGUUUUUGAAUUCUCUAGCAGUGAUUAAAUUAUUCAAAAAUAAUUGCAAGUAGAAAAUUGUGUUCAUUUUUUACUUUAUAUUUGUUUCACAAAAGAAGAAAACAAAAUAAAGAUGAAGUAAAUAUAACUUCUAAUAAUUUUUGCUCUUUAUUCUGUGAUGGCAAAUAGUUUGUAUUGCGAAUUCUACUUUUUUUUAAACGACAACAUCAUUAAAUUUUUUUUUCAAGUUCAAUUGAUUAAACGUUUAAAAAUUUGCUACAACCUUACACUCUCAUUUCAAAAUACUUUAUUAUGUAGUUAAUGCGAUAUAAUCUUGUAGAUUAUAUGCAUGGGAAUAAGCAAAUUAAUCUUGAUACAAAAGAUAUUUUGAAUAUUGACCAAAAUAAUUUUUUAAAACACCUCUGGAAUUCAAAACGGCUAAUGAUGUAGGAUGCUGCAACGAACAUAAUGUAUAGAAGUGUAAAUAUUUACUCAUGAAAGAAUUUGUAAUGUUUCAAAAAUGGCAAAAAAUUAUGAUUUACGAAGUAUGAGCAAAAGCUUAACAGAAGUAAUUUUAACUCACUUCAAUUAUUUGAAAUACAUUAGUAUUUGGUAAAUGGUGAUUUUAUUUCAUGGUGGUGGUUACUGAAUUAAAAUACUAUUUUUUUUUGUUUUAAUUUUAAAAGCAGCUAAUAAAAAAUUAACAAAUAGCCGCUUCAGCUAUCUGUAUUGCUGAAAUGAAAGUUCAAAAGUUGAGAACUGUAAACGAAACGAAUCUGAAUGUUCCGUAAUUUUGUUUUGUAUUUAAUGCAUUUGUUAUGGCAGCUAAUUUGUUUUUAUGUUAUUGUAACUAAUGUUAUGUUUAUUAUGUGAACUUUAGCCAUCUGCGAUUUACAUUUGCGUUUAUUCUUUUAUAGUAAAAUUUGUUUGAUUCUUUUUAAUAUUAAAAAGACUUGUUUUUUU